ACGACAAUGAUGGUGAGGGGAAAUAAUCUUGGUAUGCAAUAAGCUCUGCAUAGAAAUAUCACCCUAGAGCGCUGUAGAACCGGAUAAGACAGACAUUAUAGUCAGAGUUCAUAGUUCAAUUGGAUCAUCAUGGCUCCAGCUCCUAUUGACCCCAGAAUAGUUGAUGUUGCGGAACCUUUGAAGCAAACGCUUCCGCUUCCACCAGCAUCACGAAAGCGCCUCGAGAAAGCGGGCAUAGACCUGUCUGAGGGAUACCCUUACAGGCCGUCUCGUCCUUUGUACCUAGACGACGUCUACAAGAUCCGCGAUCAUGACCGGACCCAUGUGGACCCAGGCACCCGCGCGGACCCAGAAAAGAAGGCACUCUUGUCUGCAGCCAAAGAGGUCAUCCAUCUAACCCGACACAUUGGCACGGAGAUCGUGGGACUGCAAUUGAAAGACCUGACGGACCAGCAGAAGGAUGAGCUGGGCUUGUUGAUCGCUGAACGGAGCGUUGUCUUCUUCAGGGACCAGGAUAUCUCACCCCAGCAGCAGAAAGAGCUUGGCGAAUGGUUUGGCGAGAUCGAGGUCCAUCCACAAGUUCCCCAAGUACCUGGUGUCGCCGGAGUGACAGUUAUCUGGCCAGCUUUGCAAGCAACGGAGACUCCUGCUAACUUCCGUCGCCCUGGAGGAGCCUCACGUUGGCACACUGAUCUCGUACAUGAACGUCAGCCUGCAGGUGUAACACAUUUACAUAACGACACCAUCCCCAGCAUUGGCGGAGAUACGCUCUGGGCCAGUGGUUACGCGGCCUACGAGAAGCUGUCGCCUGCGUUUCGUAAGAUGAUCGAUGGUAAAACUGCCAUCUACCGAUCCAGCCACCCGUAUCUUGAUCGCGCCCACCCAGAAGAAGGCCCGAAAUACGUCGAGCGUGAGCAUCCCCUUGUCCGCGUCCACCCUGCCACGGGUUGGAAAGCGCUAUGGGUGAACCGAGCCAUGACCGACCGCAUUGUUGGUCUCGACAAGGCGGAAAGUGAUGUUAUCUUGGGGUAUUUGUGCGAUGUAUAUGAGAAGAAUAUUGACAUCCAGGUUCGCUUCAAAUGGAGCCCUGGGACAAGCGCACUAUGGGACAACCGUAUUACCAUCCACAAUGCCAGCUGGGACUAUGAAGGAUCUGAGCCUAGACAUGGUACCAGAGUCACGGCGCUUGCGGAGAAGCCACACUUUGAUCCUAAUGCUCCGACUAGAAGGGAAGCUCUGGGACUGCUUGAUCGUGCUGAAAAGGAAGAGUUGGCACGAGCAAACUGA